UUUGCUCCAAAGCCCUCUGCACGGUCCCAGUGACAGCACCUGGUGACCCAGACAUUGGUCCUGGCGGGGUCACUCCCCCCUGCAGGGUGCUGGCUGCUCAUCCUGUCUCAGAGCCACCGAUUUCCGGGCAUAGCGUCCCCGCACUCCGCUCUGCUGCUGCAAGCCCGGCCACCCUUCGACAGGGCACCACACGGCUGAUUGGCUUUCGCCUUUUAUCUUCCGUUUUAUGAUUACACAGUAGUAACCUUCGCUGGACUUGCCUGUGCCCGCGCCUCCCGGCGUGUUCCCGGAGGGCAGACCUCUGCGUUAUGACCCGGCUGCUGGGCUACGUGGACCCCUCGGAUCCCUGCUUUGUGGCUGCCAUCCUCACCAUCACUUUCAACCCGCUCUUCUGGAAUGUGGUGGCGAGAUGGGAACAGAGAACCCGCAAGCUGAGCAAGGUCUUCCGAUCCCCCUACCUGGCCUGCUACUCCCUGGGCGCUGCCAUUUUGCUCCUGAACGUCCUGCGCUCGCACUGCUUCACGCAGGCCAUGCUGAGCCAGCCCAAGAUGGAAAGCCUGGAUAACCCCACGGCCUACCGUGUGGGCCUUGCGCUCCUGGGAAUAGGCAGCACGUUUGUGCUUUCCAGCUUCUUUGCACUGGGCUUCACCGGGACCUUCCUAGGCGAUUACUUCGGGAUCCUCAUGGAGGCAAGAGUGACCACAUUCCCAUUCAACAUCCUGGACAACCCCAUGUACUGGGGCAGCACGGCCAAUUACCUGGGCUGGGCCAUUAUGCACGCCAGCCCCACCGGCCUGCUGCUGACUGUGGUUGUGGCCCUCAUCUACAUGGUCGCCAUCCAGUACGAGGAGCCCUUCACCGCUCAGAUCUACCAGCAGAAAGCCUCCUCGUCCCGCAAGAGGAGCUGACCGGGCCUGCGGCCACUUCACUGAGGGUCUGCCGCCCCGGCCUGCCCCGAGUGCCAAGCCCUGCGGUGGGGAGCAGAGCGACUGGCCGCGGCUCCGUGUUUGCGCCUGAUGAGGGCCGCUCAGUGCCUUGGAAACCUCUGCCUUGGGGGCCCUGGACACGCUGCCGUUUGGCCACUGAGCCCCCAGCCCCGCUGCCCCCAGAACAUCCUAACUCAACAAUAAAGGCACCCUGACGCCAGCA